AUGACUACACCAUCGCCGCUUUCCCCGGUUUCUAGAAUGAAUAGUUCGGCUGCAUUUGCGUUCACCGAUGUAACAACGGAGGAAGUCAAACGAAGAAAAAAGCAUGAUAAACAUCAUCGUUUCUUGUUUGCUAUGGCAGCAAUUGCAGUUCUAUUUAGUAUAGCUGCGGUCAUUCUUGUACCAAUUCUAGUGACGACAUUAACUCGUAAAUGUUCACCGUCGCCAUAG